AUGUGGCCAGAACUACUUAUUUUAAAUGGUCGUCCACGACACCCACAAUCACAAGGUUUAGUCGAACGCGGUAAUUCAACCUUAUGUGAUAUACUCGGAAAAUUCAUGCAAGAUCGUGAUACAACUCAUUGGGUGCCAUGCCUUUUGCCAGCCAUCUAUUCGAUGAACACAAGUUUAGCACAAGGUAUCAAAUACACACUAUUCGAAGUCGUAUUUGGGCAAAGACCACGUUUGAAUAUGACGUUAUGGCAAUCAAUCUCGGAUCAAGGAAUAGAAGAUGAGGACGAUUUGCCCCCAUCCAUUCGAAAACAACUAGAAGAUGCUCCUGAUGCAGAUGUCCCAGAAAAUGAAGGUACGAUUGGAAUCGAUGGUAUAUCUACUGAUCAACAAAGUGCUUCGACUCAUUCUGCCACAACGAACAACUUAACUCAUGAGAAUAAUGUCAAGAAAAAAUCAUUGGAUGAAACCAGUCCAUCCAAUCUAGGUCUUGCUGAAUUUCCUCACGCUGCUAUUCAAUCAAAAGCAGCCGAUGUCUAUGUUGCACGAGCAACCAGACAACAGCUUGCACACAAAGUCCAUAUGAAGUUAUUACAGGAGAAGUGCAACGUUGGUGACUUUGUAGGAUUACAAAUUCAUAAAGUUGAUCGAACUAACACCGAUCCAAAAUUAUUACCUUGUAUGAUCAUUGAAAAAGAAGCUGAACAAGUGAAACUUGCAUGCAUUCAUGGUAUUAUUGAUCAAUGGUGGACGAUUAAUGUUUUGGUGGGUUUAUCUGCUGUACCUCAUGAACUUGUUCAUUUACAAGUGGAUGAUUUACAGAAGAUAUCGAUGAUUACUGCAUCUAAAUUAUAUGUUCGAGGAGCUGUCAAUGGUGUAUGUUGCUCAUGCAAAGGAGGAUGCAAGACCAAGCAGUGUGCUUGUAAAAAAAACAAGUUUUCUGCUCGACAAAGUGGCACAAAAAUAUUACUUGUUGUAAAAACAUAG